AUGUCUCAUUAUCAAUCACCGCACGUCUCUCAAGUUUCUACCCCUUCGGCUUCUUCUUCGAUCCCGUCUAAAUGUGUAUCGAUUAGAUUAGCUGGUGUAAAUAAAUCCGAAAGAUCAGUUCAAGAUCAUUCGUAUACCAAGUUCAAAUUCUUUCCAACUGAUUCCAAAGAUGAUAUUCGUCAUGAAAUUUCGAAAGCGUUUUCCGUAGAAAGUUUUUCGUUAGUCGAUGAAAGAGAAGAUCAUAUCAUUACUGCAACUUGGUAUUCGCUAGAAGAUAAUGCCAAUUAUAGUCUUAUCAAACGAGAGAAAAGAAAUCGGGCAUCUUCAAAUAAUGAUAUCGAUAAUCGACGACCUCCUAAAUCAAGCAAAAAGCUUAAAGAAGCCAUCGAUACUGAUGAUAAUGACAUUAGUGAAACUGAUGAGAAUGAGGAUGAUAAAUCCAAGAAACGUUCUCAUGCUAAGAAAGCAUGCGCUAACUGUAGGUCCGCAAAAAAAAAAUGUGAUCAAGAAUCAAUUCCUUGUCAAAGGUGUGUAAAGCAUGAACUGCAAUGUAAUUUACAAUCAGAAAUUUAG